AUGCGCUCACUCAUAAAGAGCCAUCGACGCUCAGACUCGUCCACGUCUGACUCUCCCAACGGGUUACCCGAGGCCCACCCUAGGGCACCCUACCGAUACAUCAAGACCCCCUUGGCCUCUCCCAAGGUCUCCUCGGGCCCACUCAAUCCACCUCACAUGACGCCGCCUCAGCAACCAUUCGGUGGACAUCAGCUGUCGAAACUGUCGCCCAAGAAGCUCUUGACUCCGAUCAAAAAGAUGUUCGGCCAUCACUCGAAGCUGAGUGCUCCUCCUGUCAGCGGUGACGCCUUGCAUCUAGCUUUGGCUGCUGACGGUCCUCCUCUUCCAUCAUCAGGUACUACGCGUGUACACGCUUUGCAUUCCCCCAGGUCAAUGAGUAAUCUAGAUGAGCUCUCACAGCCCCAGCCUCCUCCUACGCGGCCUGAGACCCAUAGGUCUCAUAUCAGACACCAGUCGACGUCGUUUUUGGAGAGUCUGGCUUGCAUCCAAAAAUCCUCUACAGGAAGCGACUCUUCGUACCAGUACAGUCUAGGAAAGCCGUUUGAUUCUACAACUUCCCUCGGCCUGAAACCCAGUCAGGAGAAACCUCAUUUACCCAUAAUUCCUGAUAAGAAGCAGGUGACUGUGCUAGAUACAGUGUCUGGGCACCAGGGCGAUAGCGACUCCAACAUAUCCAUUGCUAAAUCCAUCAAUUUUCUGGCGAAGCAGGCUUCGUCGCAGGAGAGUCUGGGAGAAAGCUCCAGCAAAGAGACGGAGGAGUUUUAUGAGGGUUAUUCGAGUGAUAAUCACUCUGAUGCUUCAUCACAGUUCUCUUUCGUCAAGGAUAUUAGGGGCGGCCGAAACACGUCAGUCAAAUACUACAAGACAAAACCUUCGAGAAAGAAUAACCUACCAGAGGGUGUGCAGCUGAACACUUUCGAUGUUGCAGACUUGGGCUUUGAGGACGGCCUUUCUGACUAUGAUUACGAGAAUAAUGGUCUAGAUGACGAAGAGGAUGAUUAUGAAGAAUUUCAAAAUAAGUACAGUGAUUUCGAUGAUCCACAAGAGCCUUUCAACAAAUACGAGGAUGUACUAGGAGAUGAAGAUUUGAAGCAGGCAAUUCUGUUCGCUAUUGGGCCAACAGCUGAUCCACAGGAUGAUGGCCCAGACGAAUCUGGCCACUCGUUUUUAGAUAUUUCACAAUCGCUGGGAGGUGCUGGUGAGAAGCAGGCGGACCACUUCGUCACGGCAAAUCUGUCUCGCAUUUUCACUUCUCCGCAACCCGAAGAUCACACUUACGGUGAUGACUUUCUAGAGUCAUAUUUGGAGACAAAGCUGCCAGAAUCCGAUGUACACUCCACACCUCAUCAGAUAUUGAGCUCAUUUGGUAUAGCAUCUUCUGAGGCACCCUCCCCGUUAAUCAAUGGUGUUACAUUCGGAUCAUUGGACGAAAUUAGGGGAAGGAAAAGCGUACAGAGAACCAACGUCACUAAAUCAGAGCCCAUAGUUGAAGAUGACCUGCAAGAGAAGGGUUUAGGCGUUUAUACAGACGAGAGCCCUUCGAAGGAAAAAGAAGAGCAAAAGCGAAAUCUGAUCAUUGAUCUCUUGGGCUCAUUGGAAGAUAAGCUUGUGAACUGCCCUUCGAGUGAUCCUGCGUUUGAAAAUUCAGUGCAAGACUCGAUACUGUCAAAUGUUGAUGACGUGGACUCUUUGACGAAGCCCAUGGUCAACGGCUUCAACCAGGAUGUUAAGCUGCCAAUCAAAGAUAUUGAUACGCAAUCAGGGUCUGCAUCUCAGCAGCGGGAUACAAGGCGUGAGCUGGUUGUUAAUAUGAUGGAAACCCUUGCUCUUUUGGCAAACUCCUCCGAGGAAAAGCCGUCUGAGAAACCGCAAAAUCCUCGUAGGUCCGUCGCUGAGAUGAUGAGCACACUCGCAGCUUUGGAUCUUCAGAACGUCAAAAUGCAAAAUGAGAAGUCACCAUCCAUGCCAAAGGUCUCACACAUUGGAACUCCGCCUGAGUUUAUUUUGAGUCGUCCUCGCUCCUACUCUGAAGAUACGCCUUCAGAAAGUGCCCCGACCUAUCACCUAGAUGACGAUAUGUUAUUCGAGUGCAAUCAAUUACCUGAAGAUUACGACUUUGAACAAUUUAGAAACCACUCUGCUCCAGAAAGUGUGUCCGAUUUCUACAGGUCAAAUUCUUAUAACAAGAAGCCGAAGAAAGCAGUCCAAGAUAAUCUGUACCGCACCAACAAAAUUGACACUCCUCAAAGAACUGUCACCUUCUACAGGAGCAACAGCAUGGCUCCCUCUGAUUUGUCAACGUCAGGGAGCUUAAGUCGAAAUGGAACGGUAUAUUCCGCCACUUCAUUUACUUCUGGCGAGGAAGAUCAAUCGAAUAGAGCCGACAAGUUUGUACAGAAGCUACCUUACGCUUCUAAUGCGAACUUCCAUUUGAAUGAAAGAAGCUCUGAUUGUCUUAGUCACAGGUCUUUCAAUCUUGAGCCCAUCAAUGAAAGUGAUAGUCCGCGACUCAGGUAA